CUCUUUCCGCUCACGUCGCGCCCCGCGCGGGUCAGGUGACGCGCUCGCGCCGGCCGCCCGGUCCCGCUCUCCGCCGCUCCCUCCCGCCGCCGCCAUGACGGGGCUGGCGCUGCUGUAUUCGGGGCUCGGCCUCGCCUUCUGGACCACGCUGCUGGGCGUCGGGAUCUGCUACACAAUAUUUGACCUCGGCUUCCGCUUCGAUGUGGCCUGGUUCCUGACGGAGACCUCGCCCUUCAUGUGGUCCAACUUGGGCAUUGGCCUGGCUAUCUCUCUGUCCGUGGUGGGGGCUGCUUGGGGGAUUUACAUCACGGGCUCCAGCAUCAUUGGUGGUGGAGUCAAAGCCCCUCGGAUCAAAACCAAGAACCUGGUCAGCAUCAUUUUCUGCGAGGCUGUGGCCAUCUACGGGAUCAUCAUGGCAAUUGUCAUCAGUAACAUGGCUGAGCCUUUCUCUGCAGUCACCCCAGAGACGAUUGGAGCCAGGAACUACCAUGCAGGAUUCUCCAUGUUUGGGGCUGGCCUGACCGUGGGAUUAUGCAAUCUCUUCUGUGGGGUCUGCGUGGGCAUCGUGGGCAGUGGGGCUGCCCUGGCUGAUGCCCAGAACCCCAGCCUCUUCGUCAAGAUCCUGAUCGUGGAGAUCUUUGGCAGUGCCAUAGGGCUGUUUGGGGUCAUCGUUGCUAUCUUGCAGACAUCUAAAGUAAAAAUGGGCAACUGAGCCCUGUCCCACCCAGCCUGUUCCAGCCCACCCCAAGAGGAGCAGCAGGAGUUGAAAGAUGACCUGGUGAGCACAUAAGAGCUUGUGAUGAAAAUACCACCUGCCAAAGAGCCAACCCAAGAGCUGGAGGCUGAAGUUGGACACCUUUCAGCAGGGCUUGCUUGCUGGGCUGGUUGGAUGCUGCUCUGAUCUCUACUGUAACAUUGUCUUCUGAAGGGAGCUGCCAUGGGGCAGAGGGAAAGCCCUCACUCUGGUGCACAGGGGGCAUGAGAAGAGGCCUUGGAGGAUGGGGGCUGCUCAAAACAGGCACAAAUGCUGUGGGGUGGCUGGCAAGAAAGGACAGGCUGUGGAUGGUGCAAAAAUUACUCAUGGUGGGCCAAACUCUGGGUGGGACCAGCCUAAGAUCUUUUGGUGAUGCCGUUGUGGUAGGGAGAAUGAAAUCAAUUGCUAGGAAACACCGAGAAA